CGCAGGCCCAGUAGAUGCGGAACUCGGGGCGCCGUGGUGGGCCGGGUGCUGGCUGCAGGGCUCCGACAGGCGGCGCUGCUGAGAGAAGGUGGUGGGGCAAGAGAAUCGGUCCCUAAUCCCAGCUGUCCAGUAGCAGUAGUCAGCCUCUGGGGGGCCUCAUGUCCCAACCCAGCUCUCCUGAGGGCCUAGCCACAAGCUCCUGCCCCACUGCAGAUCAGGUCUCAGCAGGGAACACCCUGUGGGCAGACAUCAGGGCAUUGCUGCCCAACACUAAGGAAGACCUAAAAUUGGACUUCAGUGAGAAAGUGGAGGAAAGUGUCAUCUCACUACUCCAGCAAGCUAGAGACCUCCUCUAUGGAGCUGAAAGCCUCUGCUCUGGAAGCACAAGGGAAACGUGCUUACAAGUCAGUGAAAUAAUAAUAGAUUACUCUUGGGAAAAGCUUAAUAUUGGGACUUGGAGAGAUGUGGACAAGGACUGGCGACGAGUCUAUUCUUAUGGCUGCCUUUUCAAAGUGCUGUGUAUGUGCAAUGAGCAAGGCAGCAUAGCAGAUACAAUUCGGAUCUGUGACAUGGGACUGCUGAUGGGAGCAUCCAUAUUGGAUAACAUUCUGGUUAGGAUAAUUAAUGUCCUUCAGAAGCAUCUGACGUAUGGGAAACGAUCUGCUGAAGAAGACACAAAGGAGGGACAAAGAAAGAAAAUCCGGAAUGACCACACUACCGUUCCAUCAAUAAAAUCAGAAGAAGCUAUUCCGCGGCUUCACUGCCCUUCUCUAGAGCAUUUCAGAGAAAAUUAUAUGAUUCCAACAAAGCCUGUCAUCCUGGAGGGUAUUGUUGACCACUGGCCAUGUAUGAAGAAAUGGAGUCUGGAUUAUCUCCGUCAAAUCGCUGGCUGCCGCACCGUUCCUGUGGAAGUGGGUUCCCGGUAUACCGAUGAGGAAUGGUCUCAGACACUCAUGACUGUCAAUGACUUCAUUGAUCAGUAUAUCGUGAACAAGAAUAGCAUUGGAUACCUUGCCCAGCAUCAACUUUUUGAUCAGAUUCCAGAACUGAAGCAGGAUAUUUGCAUCCCUGAUUACUGCAGCCUGGGGGAAGGGGAAGAAGAUAACAUCACCAUUAAUGCUUGGUUUGGCCCAGAGGGAACCAUCUCACCUCUUCAUCAAGAUCCACAGCAAAAUUUCUUAGUCCAGGUAAUUGGAAGAAAAUACAUCCGUCUGUACUCUCCACAGGAAUCAGAAAAUUUAUAUCCACAUGAAACCCAAAUUCUUCACAACACCAGCCAGGUGGAUGUGGAGGAUCCCGAUUUAGUUAAGUUCCCCAAGUUUGAACGGGCUGCAUUUCAAGCUUGUAUUCUGACACCAGGACAGGUUCUGUUUAUUCCAGUUAAAUACUGGCAUUAUGUACGAUCUCUCGAUGUCAGCUUCUCUGUCAGUUUUUGGUGGUUAUAAACCAUUAUUUGAUGUGGAUAAAUCUCUGUUGUGCAAUUUAAAGUAAUAUAAAAAAUGCAGCAUGCUGUACUCUUGAUUAGUGAAAGAAUUUUCAGACCUUCAGCAGAGGAAAGUUUUUUCUUAACAUGAGAAUGUUCUCAUUAUCUUCUGCUUAAAGUGCAGAGCUGGGUUAAGAAAUCAAUUCUUUCUGCUUCCCGACGUAGCGAGAAAUCUAAACAAAGAAUCAGAAAUGAGAGAGCUGCAGCAGCCACUGUUUUGUUAAUGUUUCCAAUACAAAUUCCUAAUAAAGAGCAUCUGUCAAAUGA